GAUGAUGUAAAUAAUUGUAGAGAAAGUACAACUCAUCCGCACUUUCCGUUUUGCCUCUCGCUUCAAAACAUAUAAAAAGAUGUUGCUUCUGGGUGGCAUGAAGAAAAUCAUAACUUUUUUCUUUUACAUAUUAACAAAAAAUGGGUUUCCCUGCUGGUGUUCUUACUGUCAACCUCUACGAAGCAAAGGAAUUGAAGAGCGAGGAUUUCCUUGGCAAGAACGAUCCUUAUGUCGAGAUGUGGCUCGAUGACGACUACAAGCAGCGCUCAAGCGAAGUCUCCAACAGCAACAACCCCGUGUGGAAUGAGACCUUCACCUUCAACAUCCAAGAAGGUUCGCAUGACAAGAAGCUUUAUUUGAAGGUCAUGGAUAAGGAUUUGAUGAGCGACGACAAGAUUGGUGAGGCUAAGGUUAAGAUUGCCGAUAUCGUUGAGGGCCAAGCUUUCGAUGACUGGGUCAAGUUGCCUGCUAAGCUUGGUUUGUCCAGCCACGGUGAAGUCCAUAUCCGCGUCGAAUUUACUCCUAACUAAACAAUAAUUAAAGUACUUUUGUAUCAUACAAAAACCAUCAUACCUCACUUGCUAUAAAUAAUGCGUAGUACUUAUAUGUAAACAUCACGUCUUCCUUACUUUUUGUUUGUAAUAAAUACAACAUCUAUAAUACACUUUAAAGCAUUGA